UUUUAAUCCUCUACAUCACGGGAAAAAAUGGCUGAUAACAAAUUAUACGAGAUUUUGGGCGUUUCUAAAAAUGCCAGCGAAUCCGAAAUUAAACGAAAUUACCACAAACUUGCUAAAGAGUUCCACCCGGACAAAAAUCCUGCAGCUGGUGAUAAAUUUAAAGAAAUAAGUUACGCAUAUGAAGUGUUAUCCGAUCCUAAGAAAAGACAAGUGUAUGACUUAUACGGGCUCAAAGGACUACAGGAAGGCGGCCAAGGAGGAGGGUUUCCGGCUGAUGAAAUUUUUGGUAAUUUCUUUGGUAACCUCUUUGGAAUGGGUGGGAGUAGAGGAUGUGGUCAAGGCCGUGGUCCAGUCCGUGGCGAAGAUACCAUGCAUCCCCUUGCAGUGACAUUAGAAGAUUUGUAUGCUGGGAAAACUACAAAAUUGCAGCUCAGCAAAAACGUAAUUUGUGCCCACUGUAAAGGUGUGGGAGGAAAACCAGGUUCUCUUAUAUCUUGUAAAGAUUGCCGUGGACAAGGAAUUAAAGUGUCAUAUCAACAAAUUGCACCACACAUGACUCGGCAAUUUCAUUCACGCUGUCCAUCCUGUCUCGGUCAAGGUGAAACAUUUAAUGAAAAAGACAAAUGCUCUAAAUGCAAAGGAAAGAAAGUUUUGAAUGAAACAAAGAUUUUAGAGGUGCACAUUGAAAAAGGUAUGAGAGACAAUCAAAAAAUCUACUUCAGAGGUGAAGGAGACCAGCAGCCUGAUACUGAACCUGGUGAUGUGAUUAUUGUGUUACAACAAAAACCUCAUGAAAAGUUUAAGAGGAACGGAGAUAACUUAAUAAUGAAGCAUGAAAUCACACUUACUGAAGCAUUGUGUGGUUUUGAAUUUGUUGCUAAACAUUUAGAUGGAAGAGAUUUGCUCAUCAGACAUUUACCUGGUGAAGUUAUUAAGCCCGGUGAUGUUAAAUGUGUACAAGGUGAAGGAAUGCCUAUCUAUAAAAAUCUUUUUGAAAAAGGAAAUUUCUAUGUCAAAUUUGAUGUUGUUUUUCCUGAAAAUCAUUUUGCUAAUGAGGAACAGUUAAAACAAAUAGAAACUAUUCUGCCCCCACGUCCUGCUUUUGUUAUGCCUACAGGUGAAGAUGUAGAAGAGGUUAAUCUAAUGGAUUAUUUCACACCUAGUGAAAGUAGCAGAGGCAGAGAAGAAGCCUAUGCUAGUGAUGAUGAAGAACACAUGCACGCUGGCCCUGGCGUUCAAUGUGCUCAUCAAUAGUAAAAUUUGUUUUAUGUGCAAUUCAAAUUUACAGCAAUUUAUUAUAGGUAGUGUAAUAUAAUUUUACAGCACUUACAUUUCACAGAUAUUUAAAAAAAAAAUACUGUGCUAACAAGGGCUGAAUUGUAAUUCUUGCAACUUUAUCCUUUUUAUUUUUUGCAAUUUUUCUGAUUCUUGCUUUUGUCAGAUGACCAACAAAAUUUAGAUAAAUAGUUGGAUUUAUAAAAAUAUUUACCUUACGUAAUAAAUUUAAUCAUUUUUCGGUUUUGCAUUUUCAUCAAAUCUCUCAUUUUUUUAUUGACUAGAAAUAAAAUCUAAAAAAGGAAUUGGUACUAUUAAUAAAUGAAAAAGACAAAACAAGGAUGUUAUAUAUUGUGUACAAAAUAAUUGAUAAAUAUCAAUAAUUAUGGACAGUGAAGAGCUCUCACAUACAUUAUUUUAAUUUUUCUGUUCUCAAAACAUGACAGCGCUGAAAUGCAAGUGUUUUAUGUAAUUCAUUCCAGGGACAUUGUAUGGCUGAGGCUAAUUAUAAUUAAAAAAGUAAAUAAUA